UGCAAUAAAAAGGUGAAAAAGAAAAAAAGUAGAGAGAAGGAAAAAAAAAGAAAAAAGGCAAGAAAACAAUUCAAUUGCAGUUAUCAAGAAAUGCCUUGGGCGAGACCAGAGAGACACUAACGGCGACAUCCUGUGAAUUAAAAAAUCAUAUAGAAAAAGCACAGAAUUAUUAAAAUUAACACCACAACCGCUUGCUUGCCGAUUGAUUAACAGCAAAAACAACAAUAAUAAUAAUAACAACAACAACAAUAAUAACAAUAAUAUAUAAAUUUUUUAAAUAUACAACAAUAAUAACAACAAUAACAACAAUUAUAAUAAAGUUUGACUUUGAUUUGUUGGAAUUGUUGUCAUUGAACGGAUUCGAGUAGAACGCGAAGUGGAGUUGGAAUACCAAUCAUUCAUAAAGGCCACAGCAAUUGCAAUAUCACUACUGCAGCACUAUGAACGCGAAGCUUUUUAUGGCAUUAUUGUCGGUCACAAUAAUGACGAACGACGCUGAGAGUGAAGCAGCCCUACGUCGUGUACCCAAAGUCUACAACGCUUUGAUUACUACCGACGAAAAUCUGACAUCAAGUCAAGCUUUUCCUGUUAUACAGCCUACUUUACAUGAGACUGGUAUAGCUCAUUACGCACUGCCGCCUUUUGGUCCUUAUGGUUUUGCGAGUCCUCCGUUGGUUAGAUUGGGUCCCCCUCUUCCGCCGCCAAUUGGUUUCCCACCCAAAGAACAGUUUCCGUAUCCGGGUCCGUUACCACAUUUACCGCCGCAUUUGAUAUCCCCAUAUCCUGGUGCAUAUCCGCAAUCGCCAAAUCUACCCACACCGCCAGUUGAAGUAAAACCUCAAAAGCCGGAGACACCACCAACUGCUCCAGCUGAGCAAUCACCGCCUCCUGCUUCCACUGUAAUGCCACCUCCAACUGGGCCUCAAGAAGCUAAAGCUGCACAACCUGGAACAUCCAAGUCGCUUAACCAUCCCUUACCUAUACCUCUGAACCAAUAUGGUUUGCCGCCCUCAUUGAUACCGAUUCGACAAUACCCCGGUGCUGAGGCGCGCCCUUUACCGUUGCCACCAUACCCCUUUAGUCAAUAUCCUCCAGUAUUUUACGAUCCUAUUACCGGGAUAAGACAACCGUUCUUGCCUCCUUUUGAUUAUCUGCCCACCGGCCCACAAUAUCCCUUAAGUAAUACCAUACAGACAAACGAAAUUCAACCAUCUCAACCAAAUCCGCCAUCAACCAAGAGACCCGAAAUUACUACCAGUUUGCCGGAACUUACAACGGAAUACGUUUCCACACCUCCAACGACAACAACAAAUGAGAGCCCUACCACCGAUUUUGAAAAUAUUAAAAAUGGUUCAAAAAGCGAGGACAGCAACGUGCCGGAUGUACCGCCACCACCAAUACCGACCAGCGCCAAAGCACCGCAACCCUAGACGCGACGUAUGAGCAACUUAACAACUAAAUCCAUUGCUUCGUUUACGUGUAUUUUUAGAUAAAAUUUUUAAGUUAUUUUAAUUUUAUCUCUAAGUAAAUAUUA